AUGAAUAAUGAGUGGAGAUUGGAGUUGAAUAAGCUCAAUAGUGCUGCAUGGUCAGGCAUUGAUGUCUUUCCUAAUAAGGCAUCGAAACUUGAUUCUAGCAUUAAAAGGAACACAGGGUUCAUAAAAAAGCUAAAACAGGGUAUAACAAAGGACUCUAAAGGUAGUUUAAUUACUGAUAUCGCGGAAGUCUCAUUGGAGAAGUAUCUCUCGGAGAUUAUUAGUACGACAAACGAAUCGUUGCUAAAAAAUUCCGGUAAGACUGAUGAUAUUAUAGCAGCAGUUGAAGUAAUUAGUGGUCUACAUCAGCGGUUCAACAGCGAAUUUACCAUCCCAUUGAUAGAGUGUUUUCUCUUUGUAUUUGAAAGUUCCACAGAAGAAAUUGAUUCAGAAAAGGAUAGAAUUGCCAGAGUUAAUGUUUUGAAGAACAGUGUUCGGAUUUUGAUUGAAUUGCAACUAACUGGUAUUCUUCCAAACGUAGAAGACCUCAAUAAAUCCAAAUUACCUUCCUUCAUUGCGAAUCGCUAUGCUAAAAAGGAGCCAAUCCUUUUUGUAGUGCUAAGAGAGGUACUAAACUACAAAUUCAAAGAGGCUUUCACCACACCAGUAGCUACUCUAAUUGCCAAAAGGUACCCGCAGUUACUUUCAGAUGGCGAAACGGAAUUUGAUAGUUUGAUUGUAAAUCUUAACUUGAAGACACUUUUGAGGUCCUUAUUCAAAAUAUACACAGAUAUUGUGUUCCAACAAGUUGUUGAUUCCAAUAAAAAAGCCGUAAAGUUGAUGAAAGAGCAUCAAAAAGCUCAAAUUAGAACCGGUAAAGAAUCAAGUGAGUACCUAGACUCAUAUAAUGAGGUAAAUCCGAUAUUUGAGCGGUUUUCUGCAGCUGCAGUUGGCUUGGCAGAAGUUUUUGACCUGACCCCACCAGAAAUAAUAGACAUUGAAGAGGUAGUACAGGAGCAACAACCUUCUGUUAUUCUUAAUGAAGGUAAAGAAGGUCAACAGAAAAUAUGGGAAAAUGAAGAAACCAGGAGAUUUUAUGAGAGUUUAGCUGACUUAUCUGAAGUACAUUCGCAAUUCAAUCCAGAUACGGUACCGAACCCAGAAGAUGUAAACGCGUUCUUCACUUCUUUAGAGACAAUUGAAACCGCUGAGCAGGUCGAUGAGAUUAGUCGCAACUAUUGGGCUCAGAACCUUGAUAACAGAGCAACAAGGAAGAGACUCAUGCGAUUCUUCAUUGAAUGCAAAGAUUGGAGUAAAAUUGCGUUAUACGCAAGGUUCAUUGCAAACAAUGCAGAGUAUUUGGAAGAAGUAAAAAAUGAAUUGGUUAAUCACUUUGAUACAGGUCUCAAGUUUCAAAUUCACAAUGAGAAAAUGAAUGUGAAGAACAUCAUUUUCUUUGCAGAGUUGGUGAAAUUCAUGCUAGUACCGGGCUUUAUGAUAUUCCACAAGAUUAGAUCAUUGGCUGUUCAUAUCACUGUUCCCAAUAAUAUAGAAAUCUUAACUGCUCUAUUUGAAAAUUUGGGGAAAUUCUUAAUCAAUAAGCCAGAGUUCCGUCCUCAAAUGGAAAAGAUGAUGGCACUAAUUCAGGAGAAAAAGAAGGAUCAUUUAUUAACAAUAAGCAACAAAGCAGCCUUGGAUAAUUUGAUUAUUUUAAUAUACCCACCAAAAUUGAAUGCGCUAAAUCAGGAAAAACUAGAACUUACACCAGAACAGCAUUUCUAUAAAAUUUUGAUACGCCGUGAACUUGGUAAUGUUUCACUAAACACAGCGUAUAAACUUAUAUUAAAAGCAUCAUGGAAGGAUGAAAAAAUUCAAAAGACUCUAUUCUCAGUCUUUUCGAAGCCAGAAAAGGUUAGUUACCAGUCUUUACCGAAACUAGCAAAUAUGCUUACCUAUUUGUUCAAAUAUUACAAACCAUUUACCGUUCGGGUGGUCGACACUUUACUAGAUAAAAUUUACGUUGGACUUGAAUCUGGAGGAUAUAACUUGAAUAUGGCAAGAGUGGCACAGGUCAAGUACCUAACAGAACUUUACAAUACUUCUUUUAUUAAGUUUGAUGUCCUUUUGGAUACCAUGUACAAAAUUCUUCGUUUCGGAUAUCCAGGUGGACAACCAAAUCCAUUCUUCAUUAAUGAGGGUGAUCUACCAGAUAACUAUUUCAGAAUAUCUUUGAUAUCAACGAUUCUGUUGGGAAUGGAGAGAAAGUCUGAGACUGCUACCAAGAAAUUGAACAUCUUCAUACAAUUUUUUGAAUACUAUAUUCUCUGUAAAGAUCAACCUUUGCCUAAAGAAGUAUCUUUCAAAACAGAUAAUGUAUUUGCAUUAUUCCCAGAUUUUAAGAGGUCCAUCAAUUGGCAAAGUUCUUACGAAAACCUCAUUGCUCUGCUGAAAGAACUCGGAAUCAAUUCUACAAAGUCUAUGGAAGGAAAUGAUAAUGAGGGAGAAGACGAAGAAGAAGAGGAAGAGGACGAUGAAGACGAAGAAGGAACCAGUGAACCAGCGGGUAUCUUGGAUGAAAUCGAGCAAGAAAAUCAAUUGGCGGAAGAUAUCGAUGCCUUAUCUCUUUCUGAUGGCUCUUCAAGUGACUUCAGUUCCGAUUCGGACAAUAUCUCAGCAGAUGAGGUAGAUGAAGGAGAAGGGGAAGAAGAGGAAGAAGAAGAUGAUGACGAAGACGAAGACGAGGAUGAAGACGAGGAUGAAGACGAGGAUGAAGAUGAAGAUGAAGACGAAGAUGACGAAGACGAUGAGGAUGAGGAGGAGGAUGAAGACGAUGACGACGACGACGACGAUUUCUUAAUCGACAGAGAAAAGGAAAGGAAAAGAAUAAUGGAAGAAUUCGAGAAAAAAUUGCAGGACGACAAUGAACUAAAGGCCCAAGCUGCUUUAGAUAAACAGUUUCAACAAAUGAUGGAUGAAUCUCUUGGAAGCAUAAAAAACGAAACUGUUCCAACAGUCAGCAUCCCAAAACACUUUUCAAUUCAAGUAUCAAAUACCUCGCCUGCCACGAACAAACCUAAAGGUGGUAAGAUUCCUUUCACUUUCUUGAGUAGAUCAGGGAAGAAGACACAAGCGCAUGCGAUUAAUGUUCCAUCUGACACGAAAUUUGCAACCGAGAUUCUGGAAGAGGAGCAACGUUUGAUCGAGGAGCGUCAAAAGAUCAAGAGCAUUGUCAUGAAUCGUAAUUUUGAUUAA